AUGCAAGCGCUGCAGGAAAUGACGCCUCAGGCUCCAGGGGCUGAAAGCAGUCAGGCCGCAGAGCUGAGGUCCGAGGUCCAGUCCCUGAUUCCGAUUGCUCGCAGCAGUCACAAGAUCGACUGCAUCAUCUGUUAUUGCUCUUACGACCUCGCGGCCCGCCUGCCUCGCCGCCUCUACUGCGGCCACACAUUCUGCCAGGCCUGCAUCAGGCGCCUCAAUGUGGUGACCAAUGAGCAGUGGUGGAUUCCGUGUCCACAAUGCCGCCAAAACACACCCACCCCACGCGGAGGGGUGACGAUGCUCGACCUGGAUCUAGCGGCCUUUUUAGCAGUGAAGUCUGAGAAGGAGCAUCCGCGGAUGGUGGCCAAAAUGGAGCCAGAUCCAGCCCCAAAAAUGCCCACCAAGGAGAAACCAAUCACGCAGCAGCCCACAAGCCUUUGCCAGGAGACGUUGCAGCAGCCGUAUUUGCCACAGAACGACUGCUGUGGCCACUGCUUGUGCUGUGGGACCACUGCAGCUUUUCAGGGCUAA